UCGCCUAGGUUAUAACGUCAAACGAUCCUCGCAGGAUCGCCACUUCUGCCAACGCAAAGCAGAGACCACUUUGGAGCUUUUCGUCCCAGUAUAGUUUUCGUCAAGUUAGUUAAUUUCUUUUUAAAGCGUCGCGGCCAAGAACAGCGCGAAAGCAUGUAUCGAUCCAUUCUUCUUCUGGCUCUUGUUGGUGCCGCGUUCGCGGAGAACGAGAUUGUGGAGAACGAGUUGGUGGAGGAAGUCAUCUUCGCACUACCCCACGACGAGAGCACUGUUAUUAUCGUUGCUGAGAAUCUCCUCCCUGCACAUCCCUGUGACUAUGAAACCUGCGAGCCCGAUUUUGUCUGUGAACUGGAUCAAUCUGCACUGCCUGCCAUCAAGCCGCUAUGCCGUUCUCUGACAGAGGCCAUUGCCGAACCGGGUCACACCCAGCUCUGUUUGAAGACGCAGCGUACUGACAAUGUCCAGGCGGAGAAACCUGGCGACGAGUAUACGUACCAAUGCCAGUGCAUGGAGCAGUGUCCGGAGCCCAGAACUGACGAAGAGGUGUGUGGAGACGAUGGUCAUACGUAUCCCAGCCACUGUCACUUGCACCGCGAGGCCUGCAGAGCCAAUCGUGCUAUCCGCAUCCUCCAUAGAGGAUCCUGCCUGCCUGCUGAGAAUGACAACUGCCCGAUUUUGGAAGUCGACGCUCAGCAAGAGGACUCUGCAGCCUAUCUGAGCUGUAAAGACCCGCGGGAAAUUUGUGACGCCAAGUGGAUGGUUGGUCCGCCAAAGCUUCUCAUCCCAGCUCAGUCCACCGAGCGCUACACUGUGCGUCGUCGUCCGACUGGCUACGGUUCCUCCAUUCUCAUCACUCAGGUGGAACCGGAGGACGAGAACCGAUUCAAGUGUGCUUGCUCCGACCGACCUGAAUGCCCAUUCCGGGUGGCCAGACUUCACGAGCCAGGACAUGUUGAGCCAGAGGCAACCUGCUUUGAUAUUGUCCACUCUACGCAUGAGCACCUCCUCUUCGAUGCUGAGAGUCCAGAAGCAGACUUCCGCCACUGUCAGAUUCACAACGUCACUGCCAAGGACAUCACAUGGAUCGACUUCAAGGCCAGCAACGUGCACGCCACAAACUGUUCGUUCGAGACGAUUCGCAUUGUCAACAGCCACAUCACCAACCUGACGCUGGCUAACUUCACGCAGGUUAGACACAUUGAGGUGAUCAACUCAACGGUGAUGAACAUCACUUUCCUCAACAGCACACUGCUGAACAUGACCUUUGUCAACGUGACUCUACUUAAUCACACAUUCGUCAACGCGACUGCUUACAACUUCACGUACCUCAACACCACCAUCACUAACCAUACCUUCCUCAACUCCACCAUCUACAACUUCACCUACAUCAACUCUACCAUCUUCAACAAGACAAUGAAUUCAACCGUCUUCAAGAACCUAACCCUGAUCAACGCUACCAUGGUCAAUGUGACGAUGCUCAACUCCACAAUCACCAACCACACUCUCGUUAAUGUCACUGCCUUCAACCUUACCAAGUGGAACGUCACCAUCAAUGGCUCCAUCUACAGCAAUGUGACAUUGAACAACACCAUGUGGAAGAACGUCACUUUCCUUUAUAACAUCAGCAUCCCACUGUUCAACAACCUGACCAACUUCACUCUGUACAAUGCCACAUUCUACAAUGUCAGCCUGCAGUCGAUCAAUGCCACCAACUUCACUUUCAUCAACAGCACAUUCUACAAUGUCAGCAUGAUCAACGCAAGCCUUGUGAACUACACGAUGUACAACGUGUCUGCUCACAACUACAGCAUGAUCAACGUAUCCGCUCUCAACUUUACCAAGUGGAACGUCACCAUCAAUGGCUCCAUUUACAACAAUGUCACCUUGAACAACACUAUGUGGAAGAACGUCACUUUCCUCAACAACAUCAGCAUCCCACUGUUCAACAACCUGACCAACUUCACUCUGUACAAUGCCACAUUCUACAAUGUCAGCCUGCAGUCGAUCAAUGCCACCAACUUCACUUUCAUCAACAGCACAUUCUACAAUGUCAGCAUGAUCAACGCAAGCCUUGUGAACUACACGAUGUACAACGUGUCUGCUCACAACUACAGCAUGAUCAACGUAUCCGCUCUCAACUUUACCAAGUGGAACGUCACCAUCAAUGGCUCCAUUUACAACAAUGUCACCUUGAACAACACAAUGUGGAAGAACGUCACUUUCCUCAACAACAUCAGCAUCCCACUGUUCAACAACCUGACCAACUUCACCCUGUACAACGCUACAUUCUACAAUGUCAGCCUACAGUCCAUUAACGCCACCAACUUCACCUUCAUCAACAGCACAUUCUACAAUGUCAGCAUCAUCAACGCGAGCCUUGUGAACUACACCAUGUACAACGUGUCAGCUCACAACUACAGCAUGGUCAAUGUGUCCGCUUUCAACCUGACCAAGUGGAACGUCACCAUCAAUGGCUCCAUCUACAGCAAUGUGACAUUGAACAACACCAUGUGGAGGAACGUCACCUUCUUGAACAACAUCAGCAUCCCACUGUUCAACAACCUGACCAACUUCACCCUGUACAAUGCCACGUUCUACAAUGUCAGCCUGCAGUCGAUCAAUGCCACCAACUUCACCUUCAUCAACAGCACAUUCUACAAUGUCAGCAUGAUCAACGCAAGCCUGGUAAACUACACAAUGUACAAUGUGUCUGCUCACAACUACAGCAUGGUCAAUGUAUCUGCUUUCAACCUGACCAAGUGGAACGUCACCAUCAAUGGCUCCAUCUACAGCAAUGUGACAUUGAACAACACCAUGUGGAAGAACGUCACUUUCCUGAACAACAUCAGCGGGGACAUUUUUGAGAGGUGCAUGUGCCCCCCGUGCCCAUUGCCAAGCACGCGCCUGAUCUCACUGUUCAACAAUCUGACCAACUUCACUCUGUACAACGCUACAUUCUACAAUGUCAGCAUGCAGUCCAUUAACGCCACCAACUUCACCUUCAUCAACAGCACAUUCUACAACGUCAGCAUCAUCAACGCGAGCCUUGUGAACUACACCAUGUACAACGUGUCAGCUCAUAACUACAGCAUGGUCAAUGUGUCGGCUUUCAACCUGACCAAGUGGAACGUCACCAUCAAUGGCUCCAUCUACAGCAAUGUGACAUUGAACAACACCAUGUGGAAGAACGUCACCUUCUUGAACAACAUCAGCAUCCCACUGUUCAACAACCUGACCAACUUCACCCUGUACAAUGCUACAUUCUACAAUGUCAGCCUGCAGUCGAUCAAUGCUACCAACUUCACCUUCAUCAACAGCACAUUCUACAAUGUCAGCAUGAUCAAUGCGAGUCUCGUAAACUACACAAUGUACAACGUGUCAGCUCACAACUACAGCAUGGUCAAUGUGUCGGCUUUCAACCUGACCAAGUGGAACGUUACCAUCAAUGGCUCCAUCUACAAGAAUGUGACAUUGAACAACACCAUGUGGAAGAACGUCACUUUCCUGAACAACAUCAGCAUCCCACUGUUCAACAACCUGACCAACUUCACCCUAUACAACGCUACAUUCUACAAUGUCAGCCUGCAGUCCAUUAACGCCACUAACUUCACCUUCAUCAAUAGCACAUUCUACAAUGUCAGCAUGAUCAACGCAAGCCUCGUGAACUACACCAUGUACAACGUCACGGCGUACAAUUAUUCGCUCUCAAACUUGACCGCGGAGAACUUCACCAUGUUCAACACAUCCGUUCUGAAUGCCAUGUUCUACAAUGUGUCUGCUAUGAACUUCACCAUUGCCAAUAGCUCACUUUUCCACUGGGUUGUCAGCAACUUCAGUUCCCAUGUCUUCGAGCUGCACAACAUCUCUGUGAUCAACGCAAAGUUUUACAAUAUGACUCUGCUCCGUGCCAAGUACAGGAACGUGUCGUUUGUCAACGUCUCGCUGACCGAGAAGUUGAUGGUCAACUCGAGUAUGGUGAACGUGUCCCUCUCGAACGCUCUCUUGUUCAACGUCUCUAUGGUGAACUUCACCAGUGCCAACUACAGCAUCAUGAAUGCUCAGCUCACAAAUUACACGCUUAUCAACAGCGCAUCGUUCAACAUGACGAUGAGCAGGUGCCUGGUGAAACUCUUCAUCAUGAUCAACACCAUUGACCUGGCGCCGCAGUUUGUGAAUGUCUCUAUGGGCCAGACCUACUUCAAUAACGUCACAUGGACCGGUGCCAGAUGGCCAGUUGAGCUCGUGAACGAUUUCUCCUUCAUCUACAGGAAGGACUGCCAGCAGGAUAGCGAGAGUUUCCAUGCCACUCCGUACAUAGAGAAUGUCGGCGUGUUCAACUCCUCGUUCGAGUACACGCGUCUGGAACAUGCAGCGGUGAAGAACGUUUCGCUGCAAAUGAUGCUGGUGAACAAUUCUAUCAUUCACCAGAGCACGGUGUCCAAUUUGGGAGUUGGCAUGACCACAUUCAUGCAUUCCUACAUCUUCGAUACUUGGGUGUCGAUGGCGUACUUUGAAUCGAACUUCUUUGACACCAUCUAUCACUACAUGCUUCACGCUAUGGACGUAUUCUGGGAACCACCCAACCCGAUGCAGGCCAUCCAUGAACUAGCGUCAGCCGUCUUCCCAGAGUGGACCAUCACUCACAUUCCUAUCAGAGAAAUUCCCUGCUACUGAUCCAACGGAGGUAGUCGGCUAAGGACUCAACUUGCAAGGCAGCUAUCUUUGGGUACACGUCUUACUCAUCGCUUUCAGUUUCAGUUCUUACCUGCUCUAUGAAGUUCUUUUAUAGGAGUCCUCCCACCUCGGACAAGAUAGUUCCGAACUUUCCAUAGCGUGCCCCAAACUGGCUUGAGCAUGUCGUUAUCUUUGCCUGGCUUUCUUUUCUAUACGUCCUACCUUUUUUCAUUUCUGGCUUCCCCGCCAAUUCUGUCAAUAACUCAUACAUUAUUAUGGGAAUCCUUUGAAGCAACCAGCUGGAAUUGAAGCUUUCUGCAAUAGGUGUGAGAAUCCAGACGAGAUAUUCCUUAAAACAGA